AUGGGUUGUGGUGCCUCCUCCGAUGGGACGGAAGGUGCCGCAAGUGCCGCAAGUGCUGCAGGUGCCGGGGCCUCUGGGGCGUCUGGGGCGCCGGUCGACAAAGCAGAAAUGGAUGACUUUGGGAAGCCUACCGCGAUUCCAAUGUCGGCUGUUUCAGCCUUGGAAAAACCAGCUGAUGAUGAUUCCAGUGGACAAAUGGAGACGGUCAUUGAGAGCAAACUGAAGAAUCCACCGAAAGAAAAAGAUGACUAUGACAAACACGUUGAUUUGAGUGAGGAGGAGGCAGAGCAGCUGAAAGAAUGGAUGGAGCUUGCGAAGGGGUUUGACUCUGUGGCUGACUUUGAUGCUGAUUUUGAUGCUGCCAUGAACGCAGCGGAAGAAGUCUAUCGUGCUUUCAAAGCUUUGCCACCAAGGGUCAGAGUCAUGAACAAAGUCGUCGAUCAAACCUGGAAUAUUGCAUUUCCUUUGGGAGCCGCUGUUAUUGCCCGCAUGGAUAUCACAGUCAACACCCCUCAAGUGGAGAUAGAUCGGAAGUACAUGGAGAUCUUCAACCAGUACCCAUGGUAUGGUCCAGCAAGUGGAGAGCUGCGGCGUGUCAAACUACGUGAGCGGGUUCGGGGCAAGGCCUACGAGCCAUAUAACCGCCUGUGUCUGGAUGAAUGGGAUGGUGCCAUUGACUAUGACCAAACGGAGAUUCAGACCUACAUCGACGAACAGGAACAUGCCCAAGGCGUGAAGAAGUUUCUCUUUGACCGAAGAGCAGAUUGGCAGCAUCCAGAUGAUGUGUACUUCACUGAUGGUCCAGCGAUUGUCGACUACAUCAAUGAGACGCUGGGAGAGAUCCGCUAUGUGGAUCGCGUCACACAGAAAUCUGGUUUCCUUCAUGAAAACAACACUUGGGGUACUCCGCAAAACUAUGUGGAUAUGAAAGUGUUUAGUGAAGGAGUUGACCCAAACGACAUCAUGCAGGGAUACAUUGGCAACUGUUGGAUGGUGUCAACCAUUGCAACCGUAGCCAAGUGGCCGCAGCUGAUUGAACAAGCCAUCUAUCCAAACACAUUUUCGCCCUCAGGAUGUUAUGCGGUUCGUGUCUGCUGGCAAUGUUCAGAAUCCAAGCCAAAAGAUGUUCGUUGGGCGUGGAUCAUCGUUGAUUCAAUCUUUCCUCGAGAUGAACGCGGCAAAACGGCCUGUGCCAACUCCAGGGACCAUUUAGAGCUGUGGCCGAUGCUCUUGGAGAAAGCCUUGGCAAAGUUUCAUGGCUCCUAUUCCUUGAUGGUUGGUGGUGGAGAAGGUAAACCUGUUGGCUAUGGAGGCCUUUUGAUGGCCCUCACAGGUGGCCCAUGGUACUGGAUGACCAUCGGGAAGGAGCUCAAAACAGACACAAAAGUCUCCGACUAUCUUCGGUGGAUGAGACACAAGGCUCAACGAAUGAUGGUUGUCUCUUGCACAGCACCAAGAGAGGAAAAGGAGACACUGGGACUUGUGGGUCAUCAUGCAUACUCUAUCCUUGGAAUCCACUCCAUUUUUGAGGAUGACAAUGAGAUCCACUUGGUCGAACUCCGAAACCCUUGGGGCUGGUUUGAAUGGAAGGGCAAGUGGUCAAACCACGACUGGCAGAACUGGAUGACAAAUCAAAGGCACAACCAGGUGGCUCGCUUUCGUGAGCUCUUUGACUGGGACAAGAUCAAGGAAACCGACGGCAAAGAAGGGAUGCCCAAAGAUGGCCAGUUCUACAUGGAAUGCAAAGACUUCAUGAAAUACUUUUCAACCAUUACGGUGGUGAAGGAAGAGACAUUAAGAGAUGUCGCUGGUUGGUUGGGUGAGUUGAAGAAGCUGGACAAGUUCUCCUCCAAGGUGAAAACUGUCUUGGACGAAGCUACGGAACUCUUUGCCGAGGGUGCCAGGCGUCAUGAUCCUCGCCAUGGAGGUUUCGGAGCGGCUUGGUGUGAAGAUCUGAAACGUCGCCUCCAGAAACUGAAGCCUGGAGAACUCUUCUUGGCACCUGGAGGAUGGAGACACAACAAAGGUGGCCAUGCGAUCAUCUACCUGUUUCAGCGCAUCAGCGAUUCAGAGUAUAAGUUUGCAGUGUGCAACACUGGCGAGGGAGUGAAUGACCAUCCUGAGGAUGCAGGGGCUGGCGUGUUUCCAAAGGAGAAGCGCGUUACAUCUUGGCUUUUGAAGGGCAUUCCUCCUGAAAAGAUUCUGGACGAGCUGUGGCUCUAUUCUCUGUUCAAGAUCUACUACACGAAGGCUGACCAUCACAAGCCAGUGAUGCUCUAUGAAUGUCUAUUACCACUGAUUCUCCCCAGUGGCGAUGUUCGAGAGCAAACAGACACGUCCUGGUCGACUCCAGCUACAUGUCAGCGGGCUGGUUCCUGCUACUACAAAUGCAUCCCUGCAGCUUUGCGACUGAUCCUGGGCAUCAGAGGUGUUGAGGAGUCGGACAGGAAGCUGCUGAUGUACUUCUUACGUUUGGGGCAGGUGUCCCGCAUCCAUAAAGCGCUAAAGGAUACGCAGUUGGAGGCACUGACCGAAUCGGACUUCAUGGUGGUUGAGUGUGCCUGUCGCCAAAUGGCACAAAAGGUUCUCUGCCAGAAAAGCAUCUCCAGUGAUGAGAAGGAGUCAGCACGCCGUUUGAUUGCUGAGGUGGAUGGCAAGGUGGCUGAAGCUCGUGAAGUCCAGCGGCAGGCCUUAGCUGCAAAGGCAGUGGGCAUCAGCCGCGGCGUCCCUGAGGACUUCGUGGGAUAUUCAGGCUUCCCAGGCUGGGAGCUUCUCUCAGUACCCUGGUUUGGACAUGGAAACAAGGAUGCAUACACCCAUUUGAUGGGGAGCAAAGACUCUCUCUCGCCUGGCCAACAUGUAGACAUUGCGGCACUUCGCGAGCUGAGCGGCUACGAUCUCAUUUUCGAGACUACCAAAGUUUGCGACAAGUUGGAGAACAAUGGCUUGGAAGAGAUCAGCAAAUUGAGGAUUGGCGCGUUGAUUGAAGAUGUCAUGAUCCGCCAAUUUCCACCCGGUCAUGAAGAUUGGAAGAAAGACUUUGACUUGGAGACGCAGAAACAUGUUUUGAAGGAUCUCUGGCGUCUUACCCAACACUACGUAGCAGCAGUCGCAUCUUCCACCACAGCGCGAACGCAAGUGGGAGCACAGAUACUGACCAUCAGGUCUUUGCAUGCGGCCUUCGAGACAUGUCUCAGGAGAGCCGCAGAAGACGGCAGCAUGCUCCCUACGACGCAAGCCAUCAUUUGCCCUGUUGGCGGCGAUGAUCCUGACACCUACAGGUUGUCAUGGAGCUUUACUGGCGUUGCUGAUUUCCAGGCCCAGGUGUGGAGGAGCAUAGCGGCGACGGGGGCCCUAGUAGUGCGUCUAGUGAUGGGGAUGCUACUCAUGAGGGGCAAAGGGAAGUCACCCAUAGUUCCUUGGGGCCUUGGACUGAUGUUGAAUGGGAAGAGUGGAGGGCUAGGUGAAGAUGACGGAGACGGCAUGGCGACGCGCGGCUAUCUUCGCAAGGUGGCAGCAUGGAGAAGGAUGACAAGGUUGAGGCCAAACAAGCAAGCAUUGGCCUUGUAUAACAACCUGACUGGUAGGGCAUGGAGGGAUGCGGAAGAACUCGACUUAGCCUUGUUGGAUAGUGAGCAUGGGGUGGAUGUUUUCACUCAGUGGGUCUCCGAGAAGUAUCUAGACAAGGAGGUUGUCAAGGUUGGCAAGUGUAUGUUGGAAUUCUUCAAGUAUCUCAAGAAGGGGCACGGCCAAGAGAUUCGUGACUUUAACCAGGAAUAUGACAGACAGGUCUCACGUCUCAAAGAAGUUGGUUGUAAUCUCCCUGACCUAUGCCUGGCUUGGUUCUAUGUGGAUAAGCUCCGUCUUGAGAAUGACGCUGAACUCAACCUUCUAUCCUCUACUGGCAAUAGAUAUGAACUCUCCAAACUUCAAGAUGCUGCUGUGGUUCAAGAUCGUAUGAACCGACGUCUAUGGGAACCUCGUAAACACGGGGAAAAGGACAGGAAGAAGCCACAGAACAAAGCUCCUGUCCAAUCUGCCCAGGUUCUACAUGUUUGCGAAGCUUUUCACGUUGGAAGCCUCGAGACUUCAGAGAUCGUGGCAAUCACCGAUUGCGCCUGCAGCCGAUCUGUUGCUGGAAGUGAGUGGAUCAAGCGCCUGCGUCAGAAUGCAUUGGCCAAAGGCCAUCAAUUUGAAGUAGUUCAACAACAUGAGCAUUUCAAGUUUGGUGGAGACAAGUUGUUCCUCUCCAAGAGAGCAUGGUGUUUUUGGCUGAACGUACAUGGCAAGUGGUUUAUUUUGAAGGUGUCUGAACUGGACACAGAUGUGCCCCUUUUGCUGAGCCGUCCAGUGUUGGCCCAAUUGGGCAUGCGAUAUGAUUUGCCCGCCAAUACGGCAUCCUUCGAAGCACUUAGUUUGUUUGAUGUUCCUUUGCAAACCACUUUGACUGGCCUCCCUGCGGUGCCGGUCGCUUGUGGUUCUGGCCCUGCCCCACGAUGGCCAAAGAGCAUUCAGUGGGAUCUGGUUGAGAUCUACGUACCUUCCGAGAGUGUGGCAUACAUGGUGCGUCAUGAGGGUGAUGUUGUAGAGGUCCCCAAGAAGUUGUUCUACCCCAAGAAGUUGGAUCCCCUGGUUCUCAACAAACUAUCUGCUGAACAUCUUUGCCCAGAAUGGUUUCGGGGUUGGUGGCGUGACAACGAGGUUUUGGGGGAUUUUUGGAUUGAAGGUGAUCUCUACAUGGACCGUAUUCAUGUGAUGUCCCACCAAGUCUCGGUAUGGAAGAUGCGGCGUGCCGAGCUUCUGGGUGCCUUGACCGACAUGAAGGUGAAGUACGAGCCGAGCAUGUCAGUGCCGGAGUUGAGGUCACUGUUGAUGGAGACCCGGGGGCCUCAAAGGAAGACCAGUUUGGGUCUGACCAAAUGCACCCUGGAACAACUGAAGGAGAAGUGCUUGGAGGAGGGGCUGGAGAUACCACCAAAGGCAACGCAGGGUCUUCUGAUGAGGAUGCUGCGGGCUCGUAUGGAAACUACGGCGGGAACGCACAAAGAUCCUGCACACAAUCAAGAUGGCAGAGGAGGCAACAAAGACCGCCGUGCCAAGGGACGGAAGUUUAGAGAAUCAGUGAAAGUCGCUAUUGCGGCAAAGAGAGAGAAGCGAGACAAGAGAGAUCAAGGUGAUGCAAGCCCGGUGUCCAGUGACUAUGAGACUGAGAAUGAGAAGGUUUCAAAGUAUGAGGCGGGCGGGGUUCCGCACAAUGAGGAUGUGUAUAACACAGCCACUGAUGAGACCUAUGAGGAUGUGUAUAACGUAGUCACUGAUGAGACCUACGGCCAUGACAAGAACUUGGAGCCGAAGGUAAAGUUUGUCUACGGUGACGACUAUGAGGCGGUACGGAAUCUGCCGAAGCGUCGUGUGCGACGCAACACCAAGAAGAAGGUAAAGUCCUGGGCAGCCAAAGCAGUGACAGCCUUGGCAACCUUGGUCGCUGUGUGUGCAACUCCAUUGCAAACUUUUGCAUCCAAUUUGGUCACUGCUGCUGAGGUACAAGAAGAGGUGAUCAACGACAUCAUGCACCAUCGUCCAAAGUACAACUUGCGUGCCGUCACCGAUGAUGGCGUCUACACCUACGAGUUCUGCAGAGCUGUGGUUGAAUGCUACAAGUCCGAGAUCGUGCCCAGAUGUUGGACGUCUUUUCCUGUUAUUGGGGAUGGGGAGCUUAGCGAUGGCUAUGAACCUGGUACACCUUUGCAGGGUUGCACCAGAACCUUGGACACCCUCGACACGAAGACCUUGCACGACAUCUUCGUCUUGCAGGUCUGUCAAGCCAAGAACUCGCUCCGUAGAAAGCAUGGCUAUUCACCUGCACAAUGGGUCUUCGGUGCUCAGCCUCGCUCCGGCAAUGGAAUGAUUGACGAAGAUCCUGAAUUGAUGAUCAAGGAUGAGCUCUUGACUCCUGGACAAGAACGACAUAGACAUGAAGAAAUUCGGCAAGCGGCCCGAGAAGCUUUUAUCAAAUCUCAGGCCGACAGCGCUGUUCGCCGAGCUCUUCAAGGGAGACCCAGGACUGUCAAGAACAACUUUGAACCAGGUGACUGGGUCUAUCUCUACCGGAAGUCCAAGAAUGCGGGUGGAGCUGCACGCCUCAAACCUGAGGCAGGUGAAUGGAUUGGACCUGGAACGAUUGUGGGUGUAGAAGGUGACUCUUUCUGGGUUUCUAGAGGCGGCAGGUGUUUGCUUUGCGCGCGUGAGCAUCUGCGUCAUGCAGAAUCCGAAGAGCUUGGCAUGCUGAUGCAAGCCAAGGUCAUGCAGGAAGAUCUCCUCCAACUAGUACACCAUCUUGAUGAAGAUGAUGAGAACGAAGAUCUUUUUGCUGAUGCUCAAGAUGAUAUCCGGGUCGACGACUUGGAUACACUAGUGCCUCAGAAACGCGCCCGUGGCAAACAAUAUGUUCCCAUGGUGAAGUCUCAAGCUCCUCAUGCUUCCCACGUGACCUAUGCAAUUGAAGAAAAUGACGAGGCCGAUUUUCAGCUUCCAAAGGCCUAUCAAAAGCAGUUGGACAAAGAGGUGAAAUGGAGCGACAUCCCCGAGCCUGAGAAGCCGCUUUACACUGCAGCAGAAGAGAAACAAUGGAAAGAGCACUUGCAGUACGGAGCUGUAAGGGUCUUGAACAUGGAAGAAAGCAAUGCAGUGCGAUCCACAAUUUCCAAAGAUCGCAUUCUUCCCUCUCGCUUUGCCUACCGUGACAAAAACGUGGCGAAGCGUCGAGAGGAUCCCAGCAUUGCACCAAAGGCAAAGGCUAGAUUGUGCAUUGGAGGACAUCGCGACCCAGACCUCAAAGAUGGAUCCCUCCAAACAGAAGCCCCAACGGCGACAAAGCUUUCUUUUAUGACAUUGCUUUUUCUUGCGGGACAGUUUGGGUGGAGACUUUCGGCUGGUGAUGUGCAAGCAGCUUUUCUCAAUGGACAUGAAGCUCGGAGGAACCUUUAUUUCUCCCAACCACCACGCAGCUUGCCUGGCGUGGAACCUGGUGCCUUGAUUGAGGUCAUCAAGGGCGUCUUCGGCUUAGUUUUAGAUUCGCUGAAGCAACAGCUCUCUGGCAUCUUUCCUAUUGCCGAUUGGGAAGAGAACGACUUUGAGUAUGUGGGUAGCAACAUCAAGCAGGAUGACAAUGGCAUCCAACUGAGCCAAAAGUCCUACGUGAACUCCAGGCUGGAGACCGUCGAGAUCCCAAAGCACAUCAUUUUGGAUGAUUCUGCUGAUAUGGUGGCGAAGAUUGACAACCAGUCUACGAUUGGAGCUCUAUCUUGGCUUGCUAGCCAAUCUCGACCUGACCUUCAAGCAGGUGUGUCACUUGCCCAAAGAAAACAGAAACAGCCUUGCUAUGGGGAUGUCAGAGAAACCAAUAAGGUAGUUAAAAUGGCCCAGAACGGUAAGGGAGAACCACUCACUUUUUCCAAAUUGGGUUCAACUCUGGACGACCUUGUGAUCCUCGUCUACCAUGAUGCUGCCUGGGCCAAUGCUGUUGCGAGCGCUGAUGACCAAGAAUUUGUUCCUGGUGGUCAUGGCAUUUACUCGCAAUUGGGACAUUUGGUUCUGAUGUGCGGCCGCCGCGCUCUGAAAGGAGAUGAAGUUAACCCUGCUGUCAUUGCAUGGAAAUCUCAUGCAUGUCCUAGAGUUUGCCGGAGCACAUUUGCAGCUGAGACGAUGGCAUCAUUGGAGGGCUGGGAAGACGCCAUCGCAUUUCGUGCAAUGUUGGCAGGUUCCUUGAGAGGCGGCAAGAGCGCUGACAAUGCUACAGAUGGGCUGCCACUGUCAACACCUGAGCUUGCAAAGGCCCGAAACGCGCUGGCACGACAUGAAGCUGGCCAAGCAGCCAAGGGAGAUGGUGCCUGGGAUUCGUCUUUGAAUGGUAUGAAGUAUGAUGCCACUGCCCUCAAACCAACGCAAAGCGUGGUCACAGAUCUCACAAAGAAAGUGCUGAAGAUCAUGAGCAACGUCCUGCCACCAAACCACAGCGAUGAAUGGCCCAAAUGGACAAUUCCAUUUGGCUGGGCCUUGAACUCAUCGGGUGAAAUCAAAACCAAAGCCCCCGAGUUCUACUGGUGGCGAGACAUUUGUGUAUGGUCCAAAUACCUUUGCUUAGAUCCUCAAUGCAGGCGAUUCAAAGGUGUCUUCACGGCCAACUCAGUGACCAUCAACUGGAGGGUGGGCUACUGUAAACCCUGUGAGAUCCUGAAGGCGCAACCAUCAGCACUGAACGGCACUAUCAAGUUCGAUCAGCUAAGCAAAGGAUUCACAACCAUCAGUGGCGCCAGCCUUCAAGCUGCUGGCCUGGAAAAGGCGAUCUCCGAAGACGAUGUGAUACAUGCACCCACUUUGCCAACCUUUGGUCAGGCCCUCGCCCAAGAAGAAGCCGAGCAUGUGCUCAGCGCUCUUACAACGCCCUACCUGCGAAUUCCGUUGCUUCUGCACUUCCUUGCAGCGGACCGCUUGCACGCAUUGAAACAGACGUCGAUGCAGGAAAUGCUCUGGGCGGCACUGAUGGAACCUGCAAUUUGGGCAGAUGAUGAGAAACCAAAACCAGUGGAGCAUGCCCCGGAGGCAAGAGGGAAGCUGGGUACCUCCUUCGGUCUGCUGCACAACGAGGUGAUCAAUGGCUUGAGCACUAUUGCGGCACCAUUCUGCGCUCUUUGUGCGCAGGCAGAUGAACUCGCCGGGCUCGCACCACCUGAGGAGUUUGAUGGGCCACCAGCGGAAAUCCUGCAAUUCUUCGUGAGGCUUUGUAGCCGCUUUUUGGAUCAGCUCUACAACCAGGGUAUGGACGCGCGCGAGCCUGACCUCACAAGGACUCUCAAAACUUUCUUGGAGGAGAAAGCUGUGACACAUUUGCGGAGAUGGAUCACAGCGUCAACUCAGGAAAUGGAUGUCCGCUGCCGGCUUCACGCUCACAUGGCACUUACUUGCUUGCAGAGAGAUGUGUCCGACGCCGACAACCUCAUUCUUCUUUUGAGCAGUUGCUCAUACGUCAUGGCUUGGUACGAGCGCGACUUUUCCGACACAUUUGGCACAGAAUUGCAGAUGGUCUUUGAAGUGGUUCAAAGAAGGAGAGUGGAGGUCAUCGCUGCCGUGAACGAUUCCCCCAAACGGAAGUACAUCUUGGACCAGGCAGCCAAGAUCACUUCGAACUUUUUCACAUCUGAUGCGGACGAAUGGCAUGCCGAGAAGGGUUCUGGAACCUGGAAGUGCGACAAGAAGGGUGGAGCAGCUGUCUUCAAUCUUCAAACAUGUACUUUGUGGCUGGAAUCAGGCUUGCUGCGCCCCAUUCCGCCCAAGCUCCAGCGGACUCCACAGUUUGCAGAGUUCUUUCGGAUGCAUCCUGUAAAACUGCAGCCAACCUGCCGUCCUUUGAGGCUGGCGCGGAACUGCCACAUGCUCUCUGCAGUCGAUGACGACAGCAAAGCAUUUGAGCUGCAGUGGUGGUCAUCAGUUCAACAGCAAAACGAAUACGUAUCUGCAGAGGAUGAUCAGGGCUUGAAGUGGAAAGCGCAAGGAUCGUGCACUGGAGUAGCAAUGCCAUGGAAGCAGGAUGACCAAUGGAGAUUGCCUGGAGGUAUCGUGUGUGAAUUGCAAGAUGUGCAAUCCUGGCUCAAAGGGCAGGGCAAAGACGAAUUGGCCGAAGUCUGGGAGAGGCUUCUUACUUUUGCACAAGAUCCUGGCAAUGAUGAUGAAGGAGAAGCACUGGGGCCAUUGAUGAACUCUUGGUACUGCCAGACGAACCAACUUAAUACCAAAGAGUUGGUGGCUGUGCAGCAUAUGGACAGGCAAGGAAUCCUUGAAGCUCGAUUCGCUUGUGAAGGGCAUGCUGUGAUUCGUGUCUUCACUCACAGUGACUUCGGACGCCAUUCCUUCCGGUCCCAAGUCUUUUGCUCCGAUGCGGCCUUCUCAUAUGCAUCCUUGGUACCGAAUGACCUGGACAGAGAAGAACGACCACUAUGCAAUCCGCAAUUUGCUGGAAAGAUAGGCUUCUUAGUGAAAGAUGAGACCCUGGCGAUCUUGGACGAUAGCAAGCGGCUCUGGGUCCCCCCUGUGGCAUUGCAGGGGCUGCUUCCUGCUGUUCUUUUGGAGGGCUGCCGCUUCUGGGCAGAAGAGAAGCAUGGUGUCGUGAGCUUCACAGGUAAACCAUACAAUCCACCUGUCUACAACACCCUCAACUACACAUUGCAAGUGACGUGCGAGAAUGGACUAGCAAAGGUCACUCGUCAAGUUGGCGACAAGACCUGGGUUUUGGCAAGCCCAAUCCAUGCACCAAGUGGCUCUCAGAUUGAGCGCUUCGCUGCGAUUUUGGGACCACUGGAAGCGAUGAGCCACACCCUCUUCUGGACCGAUGAGGAGGGCAGUGCUGUGUGUUUGGUGGAGCUUCCGCGUGUGCAGCUGCGCUUCGUGCCUGGACCCGAUCCCAACAACCGUGGACUUCGGCUCUUCUCCAAGGAGUUCGGAGGUUUCUACCUUUUGAACCGGAGAGGGGUUUUUGAUCCUGAGGCAUGGCAAGAAGCUACGGGCGAUCCACGUGCGACCGAUCUUGCCGCGUUUUUGGCCAAGAUGCCCCAUGCAGUGGUCUUGAGAAGUGCUGCUGGUGCUAUCCGAAUCCUUGUGACCAGUGCUGACGUCACAAGGCCGAACAUCAAAUGCAAGCCCUUCUCAACAGAUUUGGUGGUGAACCGAAAGAUCUUAGUUGCGCUGAGUGGCAAGACUUUCCUUUGGGACUUCCAUGAAUCUGGAUCUCUAUUGCUGACGUCCUCGCUGAGUGGCACACUCUACUUGAGCCUGUUGACCCUGCUGCACCGUGACUACACCGCUUGCGCAAGACUGAUUGGCUCGGUGGGCUUUGAUGAAGGUAUUUCAGCCGAAGAGUUCCGCCUUUUGAAGAUGACCCUUUUUUCAACCAUGAAAGACCGACAUCCUGAUGCUUCAGCUUUGCGCUUGAAGCUGGUGUUGGCUCUUAUUGCGCACAAUCCAAAGCACCCUCUCCUGGACCCAGACAACAAGCUCAUCCAGUCGGACUAUAGCGACUACUUGUUGAAGCUGACCCACAUAUCACAGAGCUGCCAGCUGCAGUUGCGUGAAGAAGGCGUCUUGCUGCGAAAUAUGCAGGAGAUGGGCUGCGAGUCCUGGCAACAAGCCGACAACCGCUUCAAGUUUGUCGAGGCGGUUCAAAAUGGAAGCCCAGCAUGUGUUCUUCGGUAUGGUUCGCGCCAUCCAGCUGCACGUCGAGAAGGUCUCCUGGGCUAUCAAAACCUGCAAAGAAACAUGGAGGUCUUCACAAAAAAUCGAUGGUAUGAAAACUUCACGGUUGACAUGAAGGAUGAGGGCAACAAUCGGACGGACUUGGAGUCCCUUGUUCAGCUCUUGGACCGUUGUGACCGGGAAGAUUGGACCUGCUCCGGAACGCUCUUCUUCACUCUGUAUGCAAUCCUCACAGGAACCAGCAAAGCCACGCUGAAUGGAAAAGACGUGACGAAACGUCUUGUCCGAUUGGUCAUUGAAAAGUUCUGGUUGAGAGUCAUUCGACUUGCUAAGAAUCCUUCAGGAGACGACAUGCGAAUCAUUUGUACCCUUUGGUCUGUGCUUGGUAUGAACGCGAUGGGCACGACUGGCAGCCUUCCCCCCUGGCAUGAUGCAGCCAAAUUAUACAAGGAGUCCAAAUAUGGAUGUCUGAUUGGACAUGAUGAGAGCUGUGGCCUGACCUUUCUCAAUGACUUGCACAAAGCCUUGGAGUCUGGCUUCAGCUGUGCAGAGACCCUGGUGCCACAGGUGACUUGCCGCAACGACUCCCACCAGGACAAGCUCACGAUCAGUGAAGAAGCCAUGCCCAGAUUUUCUCCACCCUGUGCUCCACGUUUGACGGACUUCGCGAAGGGCAGCUGCGGCUUAGAAGGGGAGGCAGCAGAGGUGCUGUCAAUGCUGAGCCAACCUUUGAAAUUCAUCUCUGACAAGUUCAUGAGUGAAUUCGAGGAGUCUCUCAACAUUCCCGAUUGUCCCUUCAGUGAAAAGCGGCUGAGUGGACUGCCUGGCGGCAUGACUCGCAUGGGAGCUGGAAUCAUCAAGGGGAAGUUGGAUGGACACGCUGUCUUUUUGGACAGAUCCAAGAAAAAGAAAGGUUUUGGGUUAAAAUGCCUCCCGCAAGUGCCAGAUGAAGCUGCACUAGAGAGCAGUUUGGAGACGCUGAAUGAGUUGGAGGCCGAACUCAAACGUUGCUGGUCGCACGAUUUGGAGACAGUCGCUUCUUUGCGCAAGGAGCUCUUGAAGAAAGCAGACUUUGCUCCAGAAGACAAGGGUGAAGGUACACUAUUUUGGCUUGGACGAAGAGGUGGAAUUGAAGGCCACCUUUGGCUCGAGUGGUGCAUUGGUUCGGAACUGGACAGCGUGCGCGAAUUCGUCGGCUGCAUAGCAGCAGUCAACAAGGUGGUCAACAAGGGAACGGCAGCCGCAGUGGGCCGUGGCGUCCUAGGGUUGAUGCUUCAUGUGAAUCGUGUAGCGCAAGCACAGCUGGUCUUGGGUUGUGUACAAGACUUGCGUGGUGCGCUGAAGCGAACCAAAAGCAAGGGCAUUGACGAAGUGGCCUGCAAGGAGCUGCAGACUCUUGCGGGUCGAGUCGCUAUGUUCCUGGGAUGUUUGAGAAACUACACCACCAGCAGUCCUGAGAUAUCUCCAGCGUUCCUUCUGUUUGAGUAUGUGACCGGCUUCAUGGUUCGAAAGCAGCAGGUGGAUCUGAUCCGGCGCUUUGCCGAGGAGGCCUUCGCUGGUAGAUCCCUUGUGGCGCAGAUGAUUAUGGGUGCGGGCAAAACCACUUGCAUCGCUCCUAUGCUGACCUUGCUGUUGGGUAACAAUGGGCGUUUGGUCUUGAACAUCGUGCCGCGAGCCUUGUUGGCCCAGACAAGGAAUGUCAUGAGGACCAUGUUCGGCCAGAUUCUUGCCAAGCGCGUAGUGACCUUGGAGUUCAGCAGAAUGAUGGGUCAGGACGAUCCCUUUGAUGUGAAGUUGGUCAAGAUGCAACUCUUUGAUGCGCAGCGCGAUGCUGCAGUGGUUUGCACUACCCCAGCGGCCAUCAAGUCUAUGUUUCUUCGACAUUUGGAGUUGCUGCAGUUGAACCACAUUUUGUCAACCACCAUGGAGGGUUACAAGACCCAGAUGAAAAAGGCAACCGACUCGGUGUCACAAACGCGCAUCAAGAAGCGCAUGGAUGAUGUCAACAAGGACGUGACCGGCAACCGCGUGAUGGCAGGCUUCAUUGGAGAAGUCCUUGGAAUGUUGCGGAACAAUAGCUGCGCGCUCAUUGACGAGGUUGAUUUGGUUUUGCACCCCUUGAAGUCGGAGCUCAACUUCCCCAUCGGCAGCUUUGAAAUGUAUGAUUUGGGUUGCGAGCGCUGGCACCUGGCUGUGCACCUCUUGGAUGCCCUGUUCUUGAAUGAUGAGGGCCAUGCUGCAGCAGGAAUCUUCUACCCAGAUAUCCGCAACUGCACCGGAAAGGUUGGCACAGCAGCUGCUGAGCGCAUCUCACAACUUGAAAUAGAGAUCCCGGAUAUCGUGAAGAAAGGAUACGACCUCCUGACGCUCCAGAAGCAGCCGCAUUUGGUGCUGCUCAGCCGCGCCUGGUACGACAAGAACCUUCUGAGGCCGUUGGCAGACUGGCUGGCUUGCUGGAUCGUCACCCGUACAGAGGCUAAGAAGUUCCGAGAGGGUGUCGAGUACUCUGACGUCUGCGAGUUCCUCUCCAUGGACUUGUCAGAUUUGUUGAAGUCCGACGUGAAAUCCAAGGUCGAGUCCAAGGCCGAUAAUACCAUUGGAAAGCUCUUAUGCUUGGGCCGCGAGUGGCUAUUCCAACUGGUCCCUCAUGUGAUCUCCAAGGUGAAUCGAGUCCAGUAUGGCCUGUUGACCCAGCAAGAACUAGCCCUUGUUGAGAACCAAAAGGCACCCUCGAGUCGCCGCUUGCUGGCAGUGCCCUUUGUUGCCAAGGACAAGCCCAGCCCUGCGGCCGAGUUUGCCCAACCAGAUGUUCUGAUUGGCUUCACAGUGUUGGCUUAUCGGUAUGAGGGCAUGCGCUUGUCUGACACUGUGUCAAUGCUGCACCACCUCCAGAUGAAAUCUGGGCGACAAUCUGGACCUUGGAGUUCUCGGCCAACCUGCGUGCUCUUCGAGAGAUGGAAGGCGAUUGGCACCAAGCGCUACAAAGAGAAGGGUGGGAAGUCCUCGGUCGAAGGUCUUGGUCCCUUGAACUGGGAAGUCAGUCUGAAUGACGGUUGGCAGAAGCUGCCAAGUGACAUCACAGAAUUGCUCCGUGAAGCUGUUGCAAAAAAGGAAACAAAGGUCAAAUUUUCAGGCUUUGGCGCUCAACCUUACGAAAUUGACUUGGAGAAAAUGGUUCAAGUGAAUUUAAGAUCCAAGAAGGCAAGAAAUAUUCGGCAAGUUCAAGAAUCUUCCAAGAGGGGUGAAGGUUUAAAGCUUCCGGAACUCCAAGCCCUUUCAUCCUCAACAGGAGAUGAGGAAGCGAAAAAGAAGAAGGAAAAGGAAAAGAAAGAGAAGGAAAGUGGUGGAGAAGAAGCUGCAAGCGAUCCCUUGCUCAGAGGUCCUGAGGCUGUCGAAGAGAAACCGGAGGGACAUGCCCAGGUUGCAGUGGAGCUGUUGGGGCCAGUGCCGGAGAUUGUGCUGUGGUACUUGCUGACCAUGGUCUUUGAUGCAGUCCUGCGUCAGCAGCCCUACAAGCUAUCGGCGACCGGACAAGAGCUUGGGUCAUCUAUGCUGUUCAGCUCCCGCAUAGGUUUCUCUGGCACCCCGUCUUCACUCUUGCCAGAAGACUUGGGCGAAUGCCUUUUUGAAGCUGAGAACGAAGGCGAAAUCUUGUCGGUCCUGAGUGACGAGCAGCAUGUGGUUCCACCACUUAUCCACUUGGAUUCUGACUGGUCUCCAGAAAGCAUUUUGAAUAUGGUGGCAAAGAGCACUGAUCCACUUUACCAUUGCCUCAUUGACACGGGCGCACUGGUGAUGGGCUUCACUAACGAAGAAGUGGCGAAGUUGCUUCUGAAAUUGCUGCCAGAAGAUCUGUUUGAUGGCGUUGCCUAUUUUGAUGAUCGCGACGCUCCAAUGGUGAUUCUGCGGAAUGCUGUGAAACCAGCUUUGUUGAGUGAAGCAGGUGUGCCGAUGAAUCGGCGCUUUACUUUCUUUGAUCAGGUGCACACCACGGGAACAGAUACGAAGCAGCCAUUGCAAAGCUAUGCAGCGUUGACUCUUUCCGCUUCAAUGACAUUCCGCGACUAUGCGCAAGGGGCUUGGCGAAUGCGUGGCCUGGGCAAAGGCCAAAAGCUGCGCAUGAUUAUUGCCCCAGAGCUGGCAAAGAAGGUGUCAGGAAUCGUGAAGGCUGAAGGGGAACUUGGUCUCCAUGACGCAGUGGCCUUCAUGUUGUCAAACCAAUUCGACUCGGAAGGCAAGCAAUUUGCUGCUCUGCAACUACAGAACCUCGCGACAGUAUGGCGUCAGCAUGCUUUGAAUGACCUGAUGGAGAAAGAAGUAAAGGUUCGAGAAUCAAAGGAGAUGCGUCCGCAGGUGGAAGCCUUCCUCGAAUCCUUGCGUUUCCCAGUUGAGACCAAAGUGCAUGAACCGCUGACUUUGGACCAAAAGAUGCAAGCGCAGGCAGACGAGCAGGAACACAUCAUGAACGACAAGGAAAAGGCACAUUGCGCCAAGCUCAUCGGAGAUGCUGGUGGAAGCAAGGAUGGAGGUGACCUAGGUGCAGAGAUCACCCGGCAGCAGGAAAAGGAGCAAGAAAAGCAGCAGGAAAAGGAGAAGGAAGUUGAAGUGCAUGUGGGGCGCGAGCGAGAGCGCGAGGUGGAGUGGCCUCUGACUAUUCUUGAGAAGGAAAAUCAGCCAGAGGAGUCUGGUGUCUUCUUCCAGCUGGCGAAAUUCCAAAUGGCUGGGCUGAAGACCAAGUUGAAGUGCACCGGCAACGCCUUGAUCUCUUCAAACCACACGGCCAACGCCCUCACGACACUGAAUGUGCGGCGAAUGAAGUCGGUCAUCAUCAUGCUGGUGGUGGGCCCAAAGACCAUGGCAGUGUCUAUGGCGGAGGCUGCAGCCCUGCGACGGGCCAAGCAUUUGGAGUCCGAACACCUUCCGGGCCAUGCAAACCUCUGGAUUUGCUCAGGCUGCAAAAAGGUGCCAGAGUCCUCGCUCAACCUGUUUGCCAAAGAUGAUGUGGUGGUCGAACCAGACUCGGGCGAAAGACUGGCUGAUCCAAGUCACAGAGCACGGCGGUUGGAAGCAGCACGCUGCCUGUUGCGCUUCUUCAACUGCGACCUGGAUUUCAGGCCAGAUGAGGUAACCAGCUCUGUCAAGGCGCUGGAGCCUGGUGCAGCGCCAAAACAGCGGCAACACUUUGUGGAGACAGUUUUGGGUGCUCGCCGACGAGAAGCCUGCGCGUGGCGAGAUACGCCCUUGGGUGAAAUUGUUCGUGGUGACAGUGCCAAAUUGGAGGAGCGUCAACGACUAGUGCAAAAUCUGUACGGACUUAUGAAAGAUCGAUUCAAGAGCGCUGGAGACUUCUUCAAAGUUUUGGAUGUCAAUGGUGAUGGUGUGAUCCAACAUGAAGAAUUCCAGCGAUCAAUGAAAAAGGUCUUCAAAGGCACAUUCUCGCCAGAGGAUGUUCGAAAGAUCUUUAUUGCAGCAGACACCUCUGGCCGCGGAAACGUGACGAGCCAGGACCUUCGGCACCUUCUCCAAUCUGGUGCAGAAGCUGUUGGUGGUGUGAUGUCAGAUGAGUCACCCGAAGCUGAUGCUGACCCCGGAAGUCCAGUGACUGACCCCGGAAGCCCGACUGCUGAUGAACCUGAGGACCCUGGCAUCAACCCAUCCGCCACAAGUGGAGAUCCUACUCCAGCCGUCGUCACUCCAAGCGCUGACACCGGGUCGGUUCUGUGGACUGUGCCACCAGAUGCAGCUCAACGUGCAAUAGAUAAAGUGCUCCAAACAGUGGCAACCGCCGGAAGAUUCCGGGAGAAGAUCAUCAAUGACAUGUCCAGCCUGCGCGACAAGGAUAAGGUUGGAUUCCUCUCCAAAUUGAGGUUGCUGGCAGGAUGGGACAUGCAGGACUUGCCCGAGGUAAAGAGUCUAGUCAGAGACGUUGAGGAUGCUGGUAGAGAUCUCGAGAGCGACCACGAUGUUUCUGCCUUCCAAUUGAUGGUCAUGGCAAACUUGCUGGAUGACAAAGUUCUCCAGUCAGAGCUUGAGGAUAUGUAUGUGGCUGCAGAGGGUGGCAAUGCCCCCAUGCCACCUUGCCUGGUGACAGUUGACAAGCAUCUCGCAAAGGCUUUGGAUCUCUGGAACAACUACCCAGAGAAGUGGUCGAGUCUUUCGAAGUUGGAAUGCUCUGAGGAGAAUUUGGCAAAGAUUGUCAGCAACGCCAGAACCUUGGACAGCAGCAGCAACGCCCAGUUGUUGGCCCUGGCGAAAUGCCACAUGGCGGAGCUCAGCGUCGUGGCCAAGAGCGAUGCAGCUGAGAUGUGCCUGGAGCAACUCACUGGUUUGGUGCCAAAGCACUUGAAGGGAAAAUCUGGCAAAGAGGAAGACGGUGCAGAGUACCACACUAUGUUGGAGUUCGGAGUUUUCCUACUUGCAAAUCUGGUGCAAAAAGAGCGAGCAGCAACGAUCCCAAAGCUCAAAGGUCCACGCUUCCAGGAAGCAGCUGGCUUUGUAUGGGAGAAAAAACAAGAGGAUGUCAAAAUCCUAGCGGCCUUGUCCUAUGUGUUGCAGGCACUGUCUAUGAACAUCACGAAGUGGCAGGUUGAGAUGGGCGAGGGUGAAUGGUCAGACAUGGCAGCGGAGCAACAGCUGGCUAUCCGGACGGCUGUUUCAAAAGGCGAAACGGUGCUUCAUUUCCGUGCCCGUGGCUUCCCUUACGAGAUUGACCUCAAGGCAAUGACCCAAACCAACCUCAAGAGUGAAAAAUCGCGCAAGAUCCAGGAGGUGGAUGUAACCUCCUUUGCUGCUGAUGGGGAAGAAGCUGAAGAAGAAAAGCCGUACAAGUGGCAGGUCUCAAAUGGAAAAGGUGGCUGGUGGGACUUCCCUCCAGAAGUAGAUUCGAAGGUGAAAGAAGCUAAAGGCGCUGGGCUGACAGUCGUGACCUGCAGCAUCAGGGGACAGCCGUAUGAAGUGGACUUGAACAAGAUGCAUCAGAAAAACACCAAGACGGGCACCAAACGUGAGAUUCGGAUGUGCCCUAUUUGA